CCGCGCCCGGGGCAGGGGGCGGCGAGGUCACGUAACGGCCUCGGGCGUCUGCCGGGGAGGGGGCCUCGUGCGCGCCGCGGCUCCGAAACAGUUAGCGGCUAGUAAACAACAGCUGCGCGCGCACCCGCAUCAGCUGGCGCGGGAUCCCGCACCUGCGACCUCCUCCUUCCCAGCCGGGACCAGCCUGCGUGGCCGUCUUCUCGGCUGAGACCCAAGGAAAGCCGGCCAGAGGCCACCCGCGCCGGGCCCGGGGGAAAAACGCGUCCUGUCACACGCGGCGCAAACACGGCGAGCGGUCGUGGGCUCCAGGGACUCGAGACGACCUGCCACGACCCCGGAGCUGCUGCUGUCGGAGCUGCCCUGAUCCGCUAGCCGCCGCCUGCAGCUCCUCUGCCAGGACCAGAUCUCUGGGAGGCAGGAAUCCACUCUGCCCCGGCAUCCUCUCGUCGCUGUCCUCUUUUUUUUUUUCUCUCUCCAUCCUGUAGUGUGGGGGUAUUUUUCCCGUUAUGCAUGUGCAUCUCUCCCACCAGACCCAAGUGGAUUGUCGACCUCAAAAACAUCGGGUGGCUCAGCACACAUCUCCUCCCAGCCAGACCUGUGGGGUAUUCACCUGAUACACAACAGGUGGCCAGUGCACACCUUUUCGCAAUCUGAUCCACGCUAUAUUCGUCUGACAAGGGUGGGCCUGCAUGCUCUUUCCUCAGCUAGAACCGUGGGACACUCAGCAGAGAAAGGACUAACUACCUCAUCAGGACCUGGGGGUUGAGCAGAGGGAGGCAUCACCAGCUGCUGUGAGAUCAUGGCAUGGAACCCUCAGCCCUGGACCAGGGGAGAUAUAGCCUAGGAUUCUGAAGGAACCAAGUCACACAAGAUUAGCAUCGAUUUGUUCUCAUUUUGUUUUUCAAAAAUUAUUUUUCACUUAACUGCUGGUGCACUUUAUAAAACAGUUGGCUAGAAUUCUAAGUAGAAGGAUUCUUAAUUGGGCCUUUGUGGGAUUAAAUCAAGGUAAUUGAGGGUUUUUUUUUUUUAAGUUUUCUAUUUUUGCAAUCAAAAGUAGCUAGUGUAGGAGGAAGAGUUUUUGUGAGCGUUUCCUUUUUCUUUGUUAAAAAGGGGGAAAAAUGCAUCCUCCAGAAGUCACCACCAAGAUGUCUUCAGUUCGGUUCAUGGUCACACCAACAAAGAUUGAUGACAUUCCAGGUUUAUCAGACACCAGCCCAGACCUCAGCUCUCGAUCUAGUUCGCAAGUAAGAUUUAGCUCCCGAGAAAGUGUGCCAGAAACAAGCCGUAGUGAGCCUAUGAGUGAACUGUCUGGGGCCACUACUUCUCUGGCAACUGUUGCCCUAGAUCCUUCCAGUGACCGGACUUCUAACCCCCAGGAUGUUACCGAAGACCCGAGUCAGAACUCCAUCACAGGGGAGCACAGCCAGCUGUUAGAUGACGGACAUAAAAAAGCUCGAAAUGCUUAUCUCAACAAUUCCAACUAUGAAGAAGGAGAUGAGUAUUUUGAUAAAAAUCUGGCACUCUUUGAGGAAGAAAUGGACACCAGACCAAAGGUGUCUUCUCUCCUCAACCGCAUGGCCAACUAUACUAACCUGACACAGGGAGCAAAGGAGCAUGAAGAGGCGGAGAACAUCACUGAAGGAAGAAGAAGCCUACCAAGGUGAGAGCCCCAAAUGGGUACUUUCAUGGGUGUCUACCUCCCAUGUCUACAAAAUAUUUUUGGAGUGAUCCUCUUUCUGCGUCUCACCUGGGUGGUGGGCACAGCUGGAGUCCUGCAGGCCUUUGCAAUCGUCCUUAUCUGCUGCUGCUGUACGAUGUUGACUGCCAUCUCCAUGAGUGCCAUUGCCACUAAUGGAGUGGUGCCAGCUGGGGGCUCAUACUUCAUGAUUUCCCGGGCCCUGGGCCCAGAGUUUGGUGGGGCUGUUGGCCUCUGCUUUUAUCUUGGCACCACAUUUGCAGCCGCCAUGUAUAUUCUUGGUGCCAUUGAAAUUUUCCUGGUGUAUAUUGUCCCCCGAGCUGCCAUCUUUCGCAGUGAUGAUGCACUCAAGGAAUCAGCAGCCAUGCUAAAUAACAUGCGUGUCUAUGGCACCGCCUUCUUGGUCCUCAUGGUCUUGGUGGUAUUCAUCGGCGUACGCUAUGUGAAUAAGUUUGCCUCACUUUUCCUGGCCUGUGUAAUUGUGUCCAUUUUGGCUAUCUACGCUGGUGCCAUCAAGUCUUCCUUUGCUCCACCACACUUCCCGGUCUGCAUGCUGGGCAACCGCACCCUUUCAUCAAGACACCUUGACGUUUGCUCUAAGACCAAGGAUGUUAACAACAUGACAAUGCCAUCAAAGCUAUGGGGAUUCUUCUGUAACUCCAGUCAGUUUUUUAAUGCCACCUGUGACGAGUACUUUGUUCACAACAAUGUCACCUCAAUCCAAGGCAUUCCUGGGCUGGCUAGUGGUAUCAUUACUGAAAAUCUUUGGAGUAAUUAUUUACCAAAGGGAGAGAUCAUUGAAAAGCCAUCAGCCAAGUCAUCCGAUGUCUUGGGCAGCUUAAACCAUGAAUAUGUCCUUGCUGACAUCACCACCUCCUUCACUCUUCUGGUGGGGAUCUUCUUUCCUUCUGUUACAGGUAUCAUGGCUGGGUCAAACAGAUCCGGAGAUCUGAAAGAUGCUCAGAAGUCCAUUCCCAUUGGAACCGUUCUUGCCAUCCUGACCACAUCCUUCGUGUACUUAAGCAAUGUUGUCCUUUUUGGUGCAUGUAUUGAAGGAGUUGUUCUCAGAGACAAAUUUGGGGACGCUGUAAAAGGUAAUUUGGUUGUCGGCACCUUAUCUUGGCCAUCGCCAUGGGUGAUCGUUAUUGGCUCCUUCUUUUCAACAUGUGGGGCUGGACUUCAGAGCCUCACAGGUGCACCCAGGCUGCUUCAGGCUAUUGCCAAGGAUAACAUCAUACCAUUCCUUAGGGUUUUUGGUCACAGCAAAGCCAAUGGGGAACCUACAUGGGCCUUACUUCUAACUGCUGCCAUAGCGGAGCUAGGAAUUCUCAUCGCCUCCUUGGAUCUCGUGGCCCCAAUUCUUUCCAUGUUUUUUCUCAUGUGUUACCUCUUUGUGAACUUGGCAUGUGCCUUGCAAACAUUACUCCGAACCCCCAAUUGGAGGCCCAGAUUCCGCUACUAUCACUGGGCCCUCUCAUUCAUGGGAAUGAGUAUCUGUCUAGCUCUGAUGUUCAUUUCUUCCUGGUAUUAUGCCAUUGUAGCCAUGGUAAUAGCUGGCAUGAUCUACAAGUACAUUGAGUACCAAGGGGCUGAGAAAGAAUGGGGCGAUGGAAUCCGUGGGCUGUCCCUCAGUGCAGCCCGCUUUGCUUUGCUCCGCCUAGAGGAAGGCCCUCCGCACACUAAAAACUGGAGGCCUCAGUUGCUUGUCCUUCUGAAGCUGGAUGAAGACUUACACGUCAAGCAUCCUCGCCUCCUCACCUUUGCCUCCCAGCUCAAGGCAGGAAAGGGGCUCACUAUUGUGGGCUCCGUCAUUGUGGGGAACUUCCUGGAGAACUAUGGUGAAGCUCUGGCUGCAGAGCAGACCAUUAAGCACCUAAUGGAUGCAGAAAAGGUAAAAGGAUUCUGCCAGCUGGUGGUGGCUGCCAAGCUGAAAGAGGGUAUUUCCCACCUCAUCCAGUCCUGUGGCCUCGGGGGCAUGAAGCACAACACCGUGGUAAUGGGCUGGCCCAAUGGUUGGCGUCAGAGUGAAGAUGCUCGAGCUUGGAAGACUUUCAUUGGCACAGUUCGAGUGACAACAGCUGCCCAUCUCGCCCUGCUGGUGGCUAAAAACGUCUCCUUCUUUCCCAGCAAUGUGGAACAAUUUUCUGAGGGCAACAUUGAUGUGUGGUGGAUUGUGCAUGAUGGGGGCAUGCUCAUGCUAUUACCCUUCCUCCUGAAACAGCACAAGGUAUGGAGAAAAUGCAGCAUAAGGAUCUUCACAGUGGCCCAGCUCGAAGACAACAGUAUCCAGAUGAAGAAGGACCUGGCCACCUUCCUGUACCAUCUACGCAUUGAGGCAGAAGUGGAAGUGGUGGAGAUGCAUGACAGUGACAUAUCGGCCUAUACGUACGAGCGCACCCUGAUGAUGGAGCAGAGGUCCCAGAUGCUGCGGCACAUGCGCCUCUCCAAGACAGAGCGCGACAGAGAGGCACAGCUGGUGAAAGAUCGAAACUCAAUGCUACGCUUAACUAGCAUCGGUUCUGAUGAGGAUGAAGAGACAGAAACGUACCAGGAGAAGGUACACAUGACUUGGACCAAGGAUAAAUACUUGGCAUCCCGGGGGCAAAAGGUCAAGUCAAUGGAAGGAUUCCAGGACCUGCUUAAUAUGCGUCCGGACCACUCCAAUGUGAGACGGAUGCAUACAGCAGUGAAGCUUAAUGAAGUCAUAGUUAACAAGUCCCAUGAAGCAAAACUGGUUUUGUUGAAUAUGCCAGGACCACCCCGAAACCCUGAAGGUGAUGAAAACUACAUGGAAUUCCUAGAAGUACUCACCGAGGGAUUAGAGCGAGUCCUCCUUGUCCGGGGUGGUGGCAGUGAAGUAAUCACCAUUUACUCAUAAUCAGCUUGUGGAAGAUUCUGCUUGGUCUUAACUCCCCUAAAAAGACUCAUCGUCCACAGAGAUGACAGCUCUUUCCUACCACUCCCACUCGAUUCUUGUGGAGCUGAGCCCCAAUUAUGCUCUUGGCUGCAACAUGAUCUGCCAUCCCAGCAGAAGUAACUAUUCCCUCAACACCAGAAUGGUCAAGUCCUAAAAGCUAUUUCUGUGGCAGGAGAAGGCAAGUUAAAAUUAACAAGCUAAGCCAAAGGGAACCUUUGUUACUGCUGAAGGUAGUGAGUUAGUAAAACGUAUGCUAGAAAUUUAAGUAAAAAUGAAAGACAAGUUAAUAUCUGACAUCCAGGAUGAGUCUCAGAAGCACGGUUCAAUGAUGGUGCCAGAGAGGUAACAGCCAGUCAGCCUCACCUUAGUAAAAAAAAAAAAUGAGCAGCCAAGUAAAUGUUACCAUUGU